UUUGCCGUUAGUUUGCGAGCGUUGGUCGUCAGCAUCGGACGUGCGUCGUGGCGAAUAUAUUGAUGUUAAUAUAUUUUAUGGAAAAUCGCAGCGGAGCGUGCGGCGUGCGUAAAUGAUAACGGAAUUUUUCUCUUUAACUUAAAACCGGAGAAAUCAAACUAAAUAUAAAUUAUAUCAAUUUGGCAUUUCGUUUGGGCCCAAGUUUCAUUCAUUAAAACAAUUUGCCCCAGACAUGUUAAAUACGCACAAUAAAUACGAGUAACAACAGGGCAAACAUAAUUAAUUAUACGCUGGCUGUUAAGUGCGUGGCGUGGCGUGGCGUUAAAAUAAAAAUCCAAAAUUAAUUGCAUUUCAAGCAUUUUUAAAUACGCAUCGAGUGGCCGCUGUUGUCAAUCGCUGGCUGGAUUUUCUGCGGUUUUACUGUUUUCGAGAACAAAAACAACAGCAAAUAAACGGCAAAACUCUGAAUUGAACUUAAGUGGAAGUGUUGUGGAGUGUGGCCAGCGUUUCGGUGGGUCGCUUGUUGUGCGCGCAAUUUCCGGUUUCCGUUUCCGCCGGAGCAACGUCCCUGUCCGGCCGACUAGGCACAACAUUAAUUUGCCAGCGCCAAAAGAGUAAUCACAGCUCAUACCACCACAAAAAAAAAGAAAAAAAAACCAUAAUAAUAAAAACAAAUCCGAGUUUUUUUCCCCCAAGACAGAAAAGUUCUAAAUUUCCGUCUAAAGAGUAGACUUAAGUUCCCAAAAAAUACAAAUUUGAAUUUAAUAUACAAAAACUAAAGUGAAUUUUGAUCUUCUGGUUGGAAAAGGUGUUACCUACUUAACAGAUUCCUCGACAAAUAGUACACAUGUGCCAAUCUGAAAGCUGAGCUGAACGGUUUCGGACGGUUAGAAAAGAAGAAAACACGUCGAACAGGAAAAUCCAUACCAACGAAUUCGUGGAUAAGUGAUGAAGUCAUGAGACCGACAUUCGAUCGACGCCUCUGGAUAUUAUUGUUCAUUAUUUCAGUACAAUGUACCACCUAUACACAACCACAGAAUAUCAACGCCAAGUCAGUGCAGAAAACAAAGCCCUCCGAGCAUCGAGAAGCCACCAGCAGCAGCAGCCUCAGUUGGCCAAGCAUAUCAGUCGAGUCGGAGGGCGAGGCAGUUGACCACCGCGGCGGCGGCGGCGGCAGUGGUGGUAAGCCGGCCAAAUGCGCCAAAAACUGCCAAAAGGCCAGAGCCAAGUGGGCCAAGUGGCGGUCGCAGUUGAAGCCACAUCAUCAGGCCCACCGAGCUGCCCUGCACAAGGAGGCCAGAACACAAAGGCAGCGCCGCGAGACGGAGGAGGAUGAACUAGACUCCAUUCUGCGUACCAGCUCAACCAGUACCUCCACAGCGGUUGCCACCACAGUUCAGGCCACCAGCUCAAGUUCACCAGCCACUAGAAGCUUGUCCGUCAAUGAAACCAAGGCCAAACGGCCGAGAUCCACGCUUCAUUUGGCGCCCGAAGAUCUGCAGCCCAAGCCCAAGGAGCCGGUGAUUAUCAUCGAUGAUGUGGAGGAGUUCGACAGUGGCACCAGCACCAGUGACUUAAUCGCGCGGAAAAGCCGCGAGGAUGCUGAAGAGGAAGAUGACGAAGGUCCUCUGGAGCCCAGGGUCCUGCCACUACGACCAGUGCCUCCCAAUCCCUACGAGGCCGAGGAAAUGUCCGUGGUCUAUGCCGAGCAGCACUCCGAGAUCAAGCUGAUGUGCGAGGUGGAUCUGGACAUUGCCACCAGCAUGUGGUAUAAGAAUGGCCAGGUGGUCCAUGCCAUGGAUCGCACCGCCCGCGUCACCGACUAUCGCUUUAUUAAGGAGGCUAAUGGCGCGCUAACCAUCACCAAUGUCAUGCUCGAGGACGAUGGCAAGUGGCAGUGCGAGGCGGAGAACACGAGGCGCUAUACGGAGAACGCCCGACCCGUCAAGCUGGUCGUCCUGGAUCGCCCCAAGCCGCCUUAUCUGCUGAUCGACUCCCGUCGCCUGGAUGCCAGCAACCUGUUCGUACCCGUCAAGGAAAACUCCGAGCUGAACCUGGCCUGCGUCAGCGAGGGCGGUAAUCCGCGACCCACUCUCAGCUGGGAGGUACUACUCAGUCCCGGCGUCGACCGGCAUGCCCAGAAAGUGUCCGCCGAGGUCCUAGAGCUGGAGGAGAUCAAGGGCGAGAAGCUCGACAAGGAUGGCUACAGAAUCAACAGUGGUGCAAAGAGCGAGGCACGACUACCAGCGGUCUAUAGGGCCCACCAUAACGCUCGGAUUCUGUGCGUCAUGGAACAUCCCACGCUCAAGAUUCGACAGAACGCUUCGCUUUUGCUGGAUGUGCAAUACACGCCCUCCUUCGCCAUAUCCCGCACACCUGGCUUCGGUUAUCCACUCCGCGAGGGCAUCGAAGUUAGCCUCAAGUGCGACGUUGACUCCAAUCCGCCGAGUACUCCCCGUUGGCAGAAGGACGACGGUGACACGCCGGUGCCGCAAACUGGCGAUGGUUUCCUCAACUUCACAUCGAUAAGGCGUGAACAUUCUGGCUGGUACAAGUGCACGUCCCGGCACCUCAACUUCCAGUACUCGUCGAUUGGCUAUUACCUCAGUGUGCGAUUCGAUUCGGUGGAUGUGACCUCGGAGCCGGAUGAUCAGGAUGUUUCCGUGGCAGCUGCCUCGCACAAUCCCAACAAGGGCCAGCUGGAAGUGCAGUUGGGCGGAGCGGUUACCCUGCAGUGUCCUCAAGGUUCCUUGGGCUGUUGGUCUCACUUGGAUCCCAUUUCGGCCCGGUUACGUGGCCUUGGCCACGGCAGCAGCCAGCCCACGGGCCAGUUCACGCUCAAGGACGUCAUGUACCAGGAUGCGGGCAUGUACAAGUGUGUGGGCCAAUCACCCACCAAUAAGAAGAAGCUGGAGGUCCUGCAGAGCGUCACGGUUUCAGUGAAAGGAGCUCCCACAGUAAUGGCUCUGAAUGCCACGCCCGUGGCCUAUCCAGGAUCACCACUCCAUCUCAACGUGGAAUUCUGUGCCAAUCCUCCGGCUCAUGCCGCUCGCUGGUUGCACGGAGAUCGUGUCUUUACGCCAGGAAACCAGUAUGGCAGUACGGUGCUGGCCUACGCAGUUAAGGAUCUGCCCACGCCAUUCUGCAAGGAGGCGAGGUUGACCUACGUCAGCAUGCACGAAAGGGUUCCAAGGACCUUCUACUUUAUAGUUUCAACGCCAGGUGGCGUUGCCGAAGCGGUAUUCAAUGUGAACUUCACCAAACGCCAUCGACAGCUGUCGAAUUCCAUUGACGAUGACGAGGAGGAGGAGCUAAAUCAGCCAGAGCAGAUUCACUUUCCCGUCUUCAGUGGAUGUACCACCAAAGCGUGUGGCUGGUGGGCGGUGGUUUCGGUACUGGUUUUAGUCCUGGCCACUAGAAACAGUCAUUAGAUUAAGAUGAGAUCGUGUAAGAGAGAGAGAAUGAGAGAGUGAGAGAUUGAAUGAAUGUUUUCUUUGGGAGUGACUGACGCGUUUAUUACACCGAAUGUUCUAUGUAAUCUAACCCCCUAUAUGGCUAAGCAAACGUAUGGAUUUACCCAAUUACUCGACAUUACCACGUGGACUAUGCUACACACACGACUACUACUCUAUAUAGCAAUACAUAUGUAUGUGUAUCUGUAACCGAUUUAGCCAAGCAUCAAAAUUGCCCUAGGCUAAGAACCCAGGCCCAACAGUAUCCCUAAAAUACAGAAAACCUAUCUUCUAGAAACCCCCCAAAAAGGCAUCGACUCUUUAACCCUAAGCUAUUCGAAUAUUUUUACUGUAACCCCUAGCUGUAACCCCUAGCUAUAACUGUAACGGUAACUGUAACUGUAACCUUAUCGCUGUAUGUCAAUGUGUAUGAGUGUGCGCUUAACUUAAAUGCCAAAGCCAGAAAGAGAGAGAGAGAAGAACCGUAAGGAGAAGUUUACAGUUCUUUUGAGGAAAAACAUUGUUAAAAAGUUGAUUAUUACGAGUACUUUAAGUUCCUUUUCGACGGACGAAGGGCGAAGGGAGAUCGAGAAAGCGACUGAUUUUGUUAAAUAUUUUGAAAAUGUUUAGAACUAAAAGCACGAAGGGAGAAAAGGAGCCGCGAGAGAGAACCUAUAGUUUAAAAUUGUAAAAACAAAGAAGUAAGCGACGAAGUAAUAUACUUACCAGGCACGAACAAAUUCCUUCCAUUUGAGAAAAACAAAAAAAAGAAACGUUUGCCCCGAGCAAAGAAAACUGUAAGAUAUUUUUGGGAAAUGAAAUUAAGCGAAAGAUCAAAAGCGUUUUAACCUAACCGAAAUUGGGUUCUAUUAAACAAUAAAUCGCACUUUAUAGUUUGAUUAUGAUUUUCCAAUCGUUUGAAAGGACCAAAAACUAAUCGUUUCCAUUUACUACGAAUAUUUUUAUAACACAACAAACGAUAACAUAAUUAUAGCCCAAAAAAUAUGAUUAAACAAAAAAUACCAAUGAGAGACCCUCCACAUAAGCGAUAAUUGUACAUAAAUGUUCAAGUAGAGAAGAAUUGCUCAACCCGAGAAACGAAAAAAAAAAAACUAUGAUAUAGAGAGUGUUAAAUGUUGUUUGAAAACGAAAACUAAAAGCGAUUUAAAUAUCAUAUGUAGCGGUUCCAAGAGUAAAUUAAACCAUAUUCUAUGUAACAUAACAGACCACAAGGCCAGAUUAACUUUCGAUUACCAGCUAUUGUAAAAUAUUUCAGUUUGAAGAUCAGCAGAUCAACAGAUCAGCAGAUAGCCAGCUUGCCAUACGAUUUUUUGUACAAAGCCUAAGCUUUUGUAAUUUAUUUCUUAGUCGAUCUAAGCUUCAGAUUAUUCUAUAUCCUAUGCGCAAUACAUACAAAUAUAUAUAUAUAUAUAUAUCUUUAAGAUAAGAGAUCAGUGUAAAAACCAGAAAUACUUAGAAGAACCUAACGCCAAUUUAAGCCACAGCAAAGGAUUCAAUUUGCAGAGUUCCAAGAAUUCUGGCAAAAAUGAUAAGUUUAAAUUGAGAUUUAAUUAAUCAUUAAAGCGAAUUAACAUAUACAGAAGAUGGAAUAUAGUAAUAUAUAUAUGUAUGUGUGUGUAUGUGUACCCUAUGUAUAGUUGAGUUUAGUGAUUUAGUGACUUUUCGCUCCUUGGGUUUUUAUUGUCAGCAAAUAAUUGCGAAUUGUAAGAACAAAGCAAGCAAACAAACACGUCGUCAUGUUAACUAACUAAUAAAUUACUAAACAAGUGAAUGCUCACAGUGCGUGCUGUAUUUAUGAUUCAUUGUGUUGGUAAUAUUUACAAAAUAUUAUUUAUAAACAAAAGCCAACAAGCAACCAACAAACAACAACAAACAAAACAAAACAAACAUAUAUAACUAAAGAAAAUACUAGAUCCUAAGUGCAACACAAACCGAAUGUGGCAAAUUAAUUUUAAACCAAUGAGUAAUUACGAUAUGAGAGACAGAAUGUUCAUCUGUAGUGCAAAAUGUUUUUGGAUAAGAAGGGGUAGCAGGACGAAGGAGGACGGGGCAACUAAUAACCCAUAUAAUUACGAAUACAAAUACAAAUACAACAAUACGUGUUACAAUAAGCAGAAAAACGGUUUACAUAUAUAAGACAUAGGCCCAAGAGAAAUGUAAGCAACCACCACCAACAACAACAACAACAACAACACACUUUUAGCCGUAAAAGGAUGCCUCGGCGAUAUGAAGAAUAUGGCCAGAAACUUCAAGUUAGUAGCGGAUAAAGCAUAAGCAAGCGCCCCACACAGAAACAGAAUCAAAAACUAACUCUUAAGCGACCCCCUGCACUGCCCGGCAAUGCAAUAACUCUGAAUUCUUUGGCAACGAAAGGGUUAGGUCCGGCAUAACUGUUACAUUUAAGCCAACAAACAGCCGGCCAAAGAGUGGGGGAGGUCAUGGCAGGGCAGGGCUGCCUGCCGAGCAAAUUUACAAGUUUAAGUGACAAAGCAA